UAAUAAGAUAUUUUUGGCCAAAACUUACCCGAAUUCUCUUCCUCUGCGCGUGGCCAGCAAUCCUUCACCUUCUUUCUAAUUUCUCUCCUUUAGGCCAAAUCAAGGAUGUCGCGUGAAUGAGCACAGCCAAGCCAAAUCAUGGUUAGUCAUCUCUGUGAGCUGCAACAACCACAACCAAAUGAAGAAAAUAUCUAAUCUGCACAAGAUAUGUAUGCACCUCACCUCCCCAGAGACUAGAGAGAGUGUGUGUUUCUCUCAUGUCAGAAAUAAACGUUUCAUUAUAUGAUUGAAUCGACAUCAGCAACAUGGAAGACACCUUUAAGCGCCAUCGUCAAACCCUAGCCAAACCUAAAUCCCUCACCACUAACGACCGCCGGCGCCCUCAUGACAACGGAGACCUUAGUAUAGAGGAAGGCAACUCCGAGAUGUGGAACAACUUCUCCAACAGAUUCCGGCAGGUGCAAUCGGUGUUGGAUCGGAACAGAUCGCUGAUACAGCAAGUCAACGAAAACCAUCAGUCCAGAACCAACGACAAUAUGGUGCAGAACGUGAGCCUCAUUCAGGAGCUUAAUGGCAACAUUUCUAAAGUUGUUUCUCUCUAUUCUGAUAUUUCCACCAAUUUUUCAACCAUGUUUGGUCAAGAACACGACGCCAUUGGAGACGAAACCAACAACCGGAGACACCACUGAUGCUUCUCUUAAUUUUAUUUUAUCUUCUCCGAUCUACGUACCAUUAAUAGUUUUUAAAAGUUGAUGUUGUUCAUACUCUUAUCGAAAUGAAAGCAUAGUCGAAUUUAUGCGUGUG